CGGGCGGCCAUGUUGGAGCAGCGGAGGCGGCGCAGAGGCGCGUCUUGGGUCCCCGCGGCGGCGCCGGUGCCAAGCGCUGGUUUGUGGAUACCCAGGCAGAUCUGCAGUGCCUAAUGCCAUGAGUGUGGUGGUUCAGCAUGUGGAGGAAAAAGCUGUGCACUCCUGGUCGCGCAUCUCCACGGCUGGGAAGAAGGCCCUGGAAGAGGCGCUGCUUGUCUUUAACCCCAUGAGCCAGGAUCUCAGUGCCACAGAGGCCCAGCUUGUGGCCUUCCUGCAGGGCCUGCGAGAUGAUGGCUUCCAACCUACCAUCCUGCGCAGUGGUGAUGUCUAUGGCUAUAGUUCAUGCACAGCUAAUCCCCCAAGCCAGACGAAACUGCAAGCUCGUGCCCCUAACCCAACUGCCACAUCACCUCCAGCCAGUGCUCCCCGAACUGCCAUGCGGUUGCCCGCAGGUCGGGCCACACUGCUUCCCAUGCCACUAUCUGGUAGGCUGGCUAAAGCGUCCACACCAGCCCUUGCCAAGCAUGCUACCACCAACCUGCUGCUGAGCUCUCUGAAGCAAUCAAGUGCCAGCCAUGCCCGGGGCGCAGCAGUGGGCUUCCCCACCCACCUUUAUCCAGGUGUCUACCCUGCCAUGCGGCUCUCUGUUGUCCUUGAGGCCCUGGUUCCACUCAAGACUACAAUGCCCUGCUUGGGUGCCAAGCACAAGGCACAGUCACUGCAUCUCUCACUUGCAGACUCUCCUCUGAAACUGCGGAAAAGUUCAGGGAAGGGUCCAGGGAACCCCCGGCCCAAAGCUCCCAGAAAAACCACAAGCAAGGGCUCCAAGUGUCUGACUCGCAAAGGCCCUGGGGCUGGACCCCGACGAGGCUCUGGGCACCAGAGCAAAACCAACAGAGCCACUGGGUCCCCCAGUGUCCGGCGAAUGAAAGGGGGCUCUGCCCUGGGCACCAAAGCAGCCCAGGCCAAGGUAGCUCGAACACUGGCCAAAGCUGCUCGUUCCCAAGCCAGGGUGGCUCGAACACAGGCCAAGGCUGCUAAGGCCCGGGCCAAGGCCAAGGCAGCCCGGGCCAAGGCCAAGGCAGCCCGGGUCAAGGCCAAGGCCAAAGCCAAGGCAGCACGGGUCAAGGCCAAGGCCAAAGUCAUGGCAGCACGGGCCAAGGCCAAGACUAAAGCCAAGGCAGUACGGGCCAAGGCCAAGGUGGCUCGGACCCAGCCCAGGGGCAGGGGCAGGCCAAAGGGGUCUGCUAAGACCAGAACUACAAGGAAGGGCCAGAAAUACCGCCCUGAGACUGUUGGGCAGAAGAGGAAAAGGGCUGAGGAGGCAAAAGAUCUUCCUCCCAAGAAGAGAACACGGCUUGGGCCCCGAUCUCCUAAGGCAUGGCUAGGGCCUGGAACAGCAAAGCUGCUCAAGUUCCGUGCCAUAAAGGUAGAUAGGCGGUCCUCCGAUGAUGAGGUGCGGCAGCGGGCUCAGCGGAUUCUCCGCGUGAACCUGUCACCUGAGAUACGGCUCCAGCCAUUGCUGCCACAUUCAGCAGUCUGAUUCCUUCACACGGCAAUGUUUGGGGAAACUGAGCCCAGCUGUCUGUGUGGCCAGUGGUACAGUGUGCUAUGCCCGUGGACUCCACAAUCUUGAGGACUCCGGGUACCUCUCUAGGGCCCUUGUGACCACCAGCCUCCUUUCAGAAACUGGAG